AAUGUUUGGAUUACCGGUUGCUUGGAGAAGUGAAACCGGUCAAACAUCGGUUAUUAUUUUCAACAUGGCGCAAACAACAAUUAGUAUAAGCAGUAAAUUUAAUAUAAAAGCUACAUCGACUGUUCGAUACGAAUGCCUCCAAGACUCAAUCUCACUUUCUCAAAAAAGACUUUUUCAAGAUAAGAAAGUGCCGAUGAUUGCUCUCAGUGGAUGCAAUGAUCAAUAUAUAAAGAUGGAAGAUGGUAUAGCUUUAAAAAUCGAAAGGAAAGAUAUUCAUUUACCUUUGAAAAAUGAUCCUGAAGUAAUAGUACUUUCAUCCGACUCGGAAGAAGAAGAAAAUGAAAUUAAACAUAUUAAAGAGCUAGAUAUAUCACUUAAUGAAACAGUAUUAAGGCUAGACGAGAACAUCUCAGAAUUAGAACCAGGCAGUUUAGACAAAGUUAAAGCAGAAGAUAAUAGUUGUAGAUAUUUGAUUCCAAAGCUUAAAAUUGAUGUCUCACCGGGAAAAAAUAUGACAUUGGAAGAUGGUCAAUCUGUUGGCUUUGAGCAAUUUCUUGCAAGACUUCCAAUAGAAAAUCUCUUAUAUGGUUUACAAUAUGGAAAACCGACUUAUAGCGAGAAAAAAGAUUUAUUUAUUUUCAAGUGUUCGUUUUGUGAAGAGUAUGUUUUGGGAAAUUUGGCAAUUAUGGAUCACAUAUUUAAUCAUUUUUACAAUCGUUCAAAGACUUGCGAUAGUUCAAAAACAAAUUACCAAUAUUGCAGAAUUUGUAAUAAAGUAUAUUCAGCCCCCUUUAAAAUCCUUCAACAUGUAGAAAAAUUUCAUAAAUUUUCAAAUCAUCCUCAAGUUUGUCAUAUUUGCAAUUACUAUAAUUCAGGCAAUCCUUGUUUAUUAAGAAAGCAUAUUCUUGAACUUCAUAAGUUUCCCGAAAUGCCGUAUGUUUGCCGUCUGUGCAAAUUCAGAGCAUCUUUAUAUAAUGAUAUAAUAGAACAUUUUGAGGCAAGACAUGGUGAUUCCUCAUAUUUGUUAUGUAGAAUAUGCUUAAAAAUAAUUGAUGUUGGUACACUGGGAAACAAUUCUAGGUUUCUACUCACAAAUGAUUUUUAUCGUCAUUUAUCAAUCCACGAUUCGAAUCCUGAUUUAAAGUGUGAAUCAUGCAGGCUAUCCUUUUAUAAACAAGAAGAUUUAAAUGCUCAUAUUAGAAAUGAUCAUAGAAAAAUGACAAACUUCCUUCCAAAGCUUGUAAACUUCUCCCACAAAAUUGAUUUAUAUGUACGAAAAUCCGGUUUGGCAAAGAAAACAUGGAAUUUACGAAGAAUUAAAUUUAACAAAUCUAUGUUGGAUGAAAUUCGUUGUAUAGAGUGUAACAAGGAGAUGAUUUUACCAGAUUUCAUUAAACAUAUAUAUACAUUUCUCAAAUGCGAUUUAUGUACAUAUUCAACAAGCUGCUGUAAAUCAAUGGAAAAUCAUUUAUACCUGAAACAUAAGAAAAAUAAUACUUUCGGAACUUGUUUAUUACAAGAAAGUUCGAGAUUAAAACAACCUUUAUAUUGUGCUUGCGGUGAAAAGUUUAAUUAUGGUAAUCAAUUAAGCACUCAUCUUGUUAAAUGCGGUAGAAUUACUGCCUACCCUUAUCCUUAUAGAGCUCCUAUUAUUGGCGAAUCUAAACAUAUAAUUUCUGAACCAGAGAUUAGUAGACAGAGAUCGGAUUCACCUCGAGUUAACUUUUUAAGUGUAUUAGGUCUUGAGAAGAGAAUUCCAUCGAAACGAAAGGUAUUUGAUGGGAUAGACAAGAUAAAACAUAAUAAAAUAGCUAAAAAAGAAACCGACGAAAUACAUUUGCCAAUUGGUCUUUUGGAUUAUAGUUUUGAUAUUAUAUCCGCAGCAUGGACAGCUCUACAGGAUAUGCUCGACGCUGUUGCCGUCGAUACUUAUUCUUUAAAUUCCUUACCAGUCAGCGAAAACGAAGACAACGAAGAACUAGAUGAAACAGCAUUGCAAGAUAUAAUAGUAGUUAUAGAGGAUAGUGAGACAGAAGAUGAACCUAUAAUUAUAUCAUCGACGGAGGACGAAGAGGAUUAA